CAGAAAGCGGAUGCCACUCCAAGGAAGGGCAGCUCCUUUCCACACUAGUCUCGCUCGGGCCGACAGCGAUGUCUCCGUGCGCCUGCUCCUCCUCCUGCUGCUGCUCUUCCUCCUCGCGCGCGCUCACACCCACCUAACCUAUAACCCGCUCCGCCUAGCUCCUUCCUACCCGUUACCUGCUGCGGAGCGGAGACGACGACCACUUCCACCUCCUCCCCCCCUUCCGCACCCAAUCCCAUCCCCCUUUCCAAAUUCCAAUUUCCAGCAGGCCGCCCGCGAUGCCCAAGCCGGCGACGGCGAACCGGCGCCGGAAGCGCGGCGGCGGCGGCGGCGAGGGGGGCGCCGCCGAUGAACAGGCCAGCAGCAAGAGGAGGCCCGCCACCAGCGUGCUCACCUCCCUGGACGUCAACGACGCCCCGCGCCCGGAGCUCCCCCUCUUCCAGCUGAGCCGACCUCGCCAGCAGGCGGAACAGGACGACGAAGAGGAGGAGGUGACCGGUGGGGGCGGAGGAGGAGGAGCGGGGUCGUCGUUGUCAUCCGUGGUCAACGGCCACGGGCAGAGCCCGCACCAGCAGCGGCGGCUGUGGGUCAAGGACCGGUCGCGCGCGUGGUGGGAGCAGUGCAGCAGCGCCGACUACCCGGAGGCGGACUUCCGGUCCGCCUUCCGGAUGGGGCGCGCCACCUUCGCGAUGCUGUGCGACGCGCUGGGCGCGGCCGUGGCCAAGGAGGACACCGCGCUCCGCGCCGCCAUCCCCGUCCGGCAGCGCGUGGCGGUGUGCGUGUGGCGGCUCGCCACGGGGGAGCCGCUCCGCCUCGUGUCCAAGCGCUUCGGCCUCGGCAUCUCCACCUGCCACAAGCUGGUCCUGGAGGUCUGCGCCGCCAUCCGGGGCCUCCUGAUGCCGCGCUUCCUCCGCUGGCCCGAUGACGCCGCCGCCGAGGCGUUCAAGUCCCGGUUCCAGGCGGAGUCCGGGAUCCCCAGCGUGGUGGGCGCCAUCUACACCACCCACAUCCCCAUCAUCGCGCCCAAGGUGUCGGUGACCGCCUACUUCAACCGCCGGCACACGGAGCGCAACCACAAGACGUCCUACUCCAUCACGCUGCAGGGGGUGGUGGACCCCGACGGCGCCUUCACCGACGUCUGCAUCGGCUGGCCCGGGUCCAUGCCCGACGACCAGGUGCUGGAGCGGUCGGCGCUGCAGCAGCGCGCGGCGGCCGGGAUGAUGGCGGGGUCCUGGGUGGUGGGCGGCGUCAGCUUCCCGCUCACGGAGUGGGUGCUGGCCCCCUACGCGCAGGCCAACCUGACGUGGGCGCAGCACGCCUUCAACGAGAAGGUGGCGGAGGUCCGGCGCGUCGCCGUGGACGCCUUCGCGCGCCUCAAGGGCCGGUGGGCGUGCCUGCAGAAGCGCACGGAGGUGAAGCUGCAGGACCUCCCGGUGGUGCUGGGCGCCUGCUGCGUGCUGCACAACAUCUGCGAGUCGCGCGGGGAGGGCAUGGACCCCGCGCUCCGAUGCGACAUCGACGACGACGAGACGGUGCCGGAGAACCCCGUGCGGUCGGACGGCGCCACCAAGGCUAGGGACGACAUCGCGCACAACCUGCUCCACAGCGGACGAGCCGGCACCAAAUUCUUCUGAAUUCUCUCAGUCGGUUCGUUCGUUCCAUCAGAUUCUUCUACUAUGCUGCUGCUGCUACUCUGUCUCCCGACUCCCUCUCCUUUCAUUGGAUUGGAACCGUCCAUGGAAUUGAUCAUUCGUUGGGUUGUUUGAACUGUACUGGGAAGUGGGAAGAUCACCCGCAAUCCGUCAUCCUCAUCCUCGUAGAACGCUGAACACACGGAGAGAAAGGUAGAUCAAAGACAAAGAGUGGGUUGGGUUUGCUUUUGAUCAUAGGAUUUUUAGUCUAGUAGCACGUGGUACAGUUGUUGAACAAACCUACGUAUCCAAGAGCCAAGUCAAAGAAACAGCAACAAGAAGCAGUAGCACAUCUCAAUCCGUGCGUUUUCCUUGUGUUUUACCUAUGGCAUUGGCAUGAUCAUGUAAAACAAUAUUUUGGGAUGACCGUAUGGCCAAAAUGCUGAACGUGUUGCCGAUCGGGCCGAUCCGAUCGAUAUCCACUGGUCGUUAACAAUAACAUGUUUGGA